AUGAUCUCACUCUACAACAACCACUCCGAACCUGCACCAAACAACCAUGCCACGAUUCAUUCGCUCCAAAGCCCCCAAGGAGUGAGAGUAGAUCAGGCUGGCGACGAAACUCCAGAAAAAUGGGUACAGAGCGCUUGUGUGUUGUGCAGCAACGGUUGCGGUCUUGACAUCGGGGUUAAGGAUGGCAAAGUGGUUGGUGUGCGAGGCCGCGAGGUGGACCGGGUGAACAAGGGGAGACUCGGCCCAAAGGGUCUGUAUGGAUGGAAGUCAAUCAACAGCCCGGACCGCUUGACUCAUCCACUCGUGCGGAAAAACGGCAAGCUGGAGCGAAGCACGUGGGACGAGGCGAUGGAUCUCAUUGUUCGAAACUCCAAACGCCUCAUGGAAACCAUGACGAAGCAUAGCAUCGCAUUCUAUACCUCCGGGCAGCUGUUCCUCGAGGAGUACUACGCACUAGCUUUGGUCGGGAAAGGCGGGCUCAACACAUUGCACAUGGAUGGCAACACCAGGUUGUGCACAGCAACCGCUGCUGCCUCGAUGCGCGAGUCCUUCGGCUCUGAUGGACAGCCCGGUUCGUACGCGGACCUCGACGUGACGGACUGUCUCUUCCUCGUAGGACACAAUAUGGCAGCGACACAGACAGUCCUGUGGUCUCGGGUACUCGAUCGUCUCGAAGGACCAGAGCCACCUCAGAUUGUCGUUGUCGAUCCAAGGCUGUCAGACACAGCCAAGAAGGCAACAAUCCAUCUCGCGCCCAAGAUCGGGACCAAUCUCGCACUGUUGAAUGGGCUCCAGAGGCUUCUGUUCGAGAAUGACUGGAUCAACCAUCAUUUUGUGCGUGACCACGUUUGUGGACUCGAGUCGCUGAAGGACACGGUGAAAGACUACACACCCGAUAAGGUUGAACAGAUCACCGGCGUGCCCGCCGACCUACUGUACAAAGCCGCGCGCAUCAUAGGCACAUCACGGACGCUCAUGUCUACAGCUCUGCAGGGCGUGUAUCAGUCCUGGCAAGUCACCGCGGCCGCCACCCAGAUCAAUAACAUCAACCUCUUGUUGGGUCAAAUCGGCCGCCCAGGAUCGGGCAUCUUGCAGAUGAACGGACAGCCGACCGCGCAGAACAAUCGGGAGACGGGAUGUGACGGCGAAUUCCCUGGCUUUAGGAACCACCAGAACCCAGCGCAUAUGGAGGAACUCGCGCGUAUCUGGAACCUGGACGCCAUCAAGGUACCGCACUGGAACGAGCCCACCCACAUUGAGAGCUUGCUUUCAUUCAUGGACGCCGGCAGUAUCGGGAUGCUCUGGGUGAACGGGACCAAUCCCUUGGUCAGCCUGCCAAACCUAGAGCGAGUUCGCAAAACCCUCACGAGGCCCAACUUGUUCCUCGUCGUGCAGGAUAUUUUCAUGACCGAGACCGCCGACAUUGCAGACGUGGUCCUGCCCGCUGCGCAAUGGGCCGAGAAGACUGGAUGCUUCACCAACGUGGACCGCACCGUGCACUUGAGCCACAAGGCUGUGGACCCUCCCGGGGAGGCCAAGAGCGACCUGGACAUCUUCCUCGACUACAGCAAGAGGAUGGAUUUCCGAGACAAGGAUGGCCAGCCCUUGCUUCCUUGGACUACGUCAGAGGAGGUCUUCAAGGCGUGGCAGAAGCUCUCCGCCGGACGUCCCUGCGACUACACCGGGAUGAGUUACGAGAAGCUCACCGGCGGCUCGGGGAUUCAGUGGCCAUGUAACAAGCAGAAGCCUAAUGGCACGGAGAGACUCUUCACAGAUGGCAAGUUCUUCACAGAUGUCGACUACUGCGAGUCCUUCGGCCACGAUCUAGAGACUGGCGCGCCUUACUCGAUAGACGACUAUCGCGCGCUCAACCCUGCUGGGAGAGCCAUCCUGAAGUCGUGUCAUUAUCUCCCUUCCCUCGAAGAGCCAGACGAAGACUAUCCUCUGCGUCUCUCCACGGGUCGCAAGACGCACCACUUCCACACACGUACCAAGACGGGUAGGUCCGAGGCACUGCAGAAGGCGUGUCCCGACCCCGAGAUUGUUAUUUCCGAACAAGACGCGACACAAACCGGGGUGGGAGAUGGGGACUUUGCUGUGGUCAAGUCGAGGCGAGGACAAGUAGAGCUCAAAGUCAAGAUUGGAGAUAUCACCCAGGGGCAAGUCUUUAUACCCUUUCACUUUUGGUAUUGGGAUCUUACGGAUGGCCGAGCGCGGGCUGCGAACGAGCUGACUGUGGAGCGAUGGGACCCAGUUUCGAAACAGCCUUGCUUCAAGUCUGGCUCGGUGCGUAUCGAAAAGAUACCCCAGUCUUCUGCAAAUGGCGAAGUCGUAAUACACACUCAUGAAUUGCACUCGAGGUCCGUACACCGUGCCGAAAGCAAGCACCUUGCAGAGGCGGCAGAAAGCCGACCAGACGACCCGGGGGAAAGAAAGCAGCUGCGACAAUUGGAGUUAUGGCUCGGAGAAACGUAUCAUUCUGUUAUAAAGCUUAUUGACAUCUACGAUCACUUGCUUCCAGAUCUCCUACACGACCUCGAGAUCGAGGGAGGUGUGCAGGUCUUGAGCCGAAUAGCCACCAGAAUGAAGGAUGCUCUGGAACCUUGCAUUGGCAAGUACAACGAGGACGAGGAGUUUGGCAAGAGAGGAGCAGGAGAGCUUGCCGAAUUCCUCUUCUUCAAACGACCAGCGCGUAUCCGCAAAAGCGGGCGUCCCGACUACGACACACUCGAAGUGCUUCAGUCUCUGCAUGUCUUUGUGGCACACGUGCAGGGGGGUAUGUUGGCCUUGCUUCCCGCGAGCCAGGCUCUCUGGGAUAAGGACUUUGCGGCCGCUGUCGGUCUGUGUAUAGGUGAGAUCAAGCGGACGCAGGCUUGGAUCAUGCAGCAGCUCAAGGUGCGCAGCCCACAGACGUUGCUUGUCCCCACGCCGCCGAUGGCAUGA